AUGGAGCAGAAGUCAGAACUCAUUAGUGAUCAGAUCUUUCGAAGUGCAGAGAAUCUGUAUGAAUGCACUGAGCGUGGAAAAGCCUUUCACCAGCAAUUAUCUCUCAUUGGGCAUCAGAAAAUCCACACAAGAAAAAAUUCUUAUGAAUGUAGUGAGUGUGGAAAAGAAUUUCCUCCUAAGUCAAGCCUAAUCAUACAUGAGAGGGUCCACACAGGGGAGGAAACUUAUGAAUUCAGGGAGUGGGGAAAAGGUUUUUCUACUAAGUCAAACAUAAAGGCACAUCACAGAAUGCACACUGGGGAAAAACCUUAUGAAUGUAUUGAGUGUGGAAAAUCUUUUUCUGAUAAGUCAAGAUUUAGAUCACAUCAGAGAAUUCACACAGGUGAAAAGUCUUAUGAAUGUAGUGAAUGUGGAAAAGCUUUUCUUCAUAAGUCACUGCUCAUUAUCCAUCAGAGAAUCCACACUGGGGAAAAACCUUACGAAUGUAGUGAUUGUGGAAAAGCUUUUACUCGUAAGUCAAACUUCAUUACUCAUCAAAGAACCCACACAGGGGAAAAACCUUAUGAAUGUAGUGAGUGUGGGAAAGCUUUUAUUCAUAAGUCAAGCAUGAUCAUACAUCAGAGAAUCCACACUGGGGAAAAACCUUAUGAGUGUAGUGAGUGUGGGAAAGGCUUUCCUUAUAAGCCACACCUCAUUACUCAUCAGAGGGUCCACACUGGGGAAAAACCUUAUGAAUGUAAUGAGUGUGGAAAAGAUUUUACUCAUAACUCAAACUUCAUUACUCAUCAGAGAAUCCACACAGGGGAAAAACCUUAUGAAUGUAGUGAGUGUGGAAAAGCUUUUAUUCGUAGGUCACACCUCAUUACUCAUCAGAGAAUCCACACUGGGGAAAAACCUUAUGAAUGUAGUGAGUGUGGAAAAGCCUUCUCUGAUAGGUCAAGCAUGAUCACACAUCAGAGAAUCCACACUGGGGAAAAACCUUAUGAAUGUAGUGAGUGUGGGAAAGGCUUUCCUUAUAAGCCACAGCUCUUUAGACAUCAGAGAAUCCACACUGGGGAGAAACCAAAUGAAUGUAGUGAGUGUGGAAAAGGCUUUUCUGAUAAGCCACAUCUCAUUAGAAAUCAAAGAGUCCACACUGGGGGAAAACCUUAUGAAUGUAGUAAGUGCGGAAAAGCUUUUACUUGUAAGUCACACCUAAACACGCAUCAGAGGUCUUCCAUUGGAAAAAAAUCUUAUGAAUGUAAUGAGUGUGGAAAAGAGUUUCCUCACAAGUCAAGCCUGAUCAUACAUAAGAGGGUCCACACAGGGGAGAAACCUUAUGAAUGCACGGAGUGGGGAAAAGGUUUUUCUCGUAAGUCAAACAUGAAUGCACAUCAUAGAUUGCACACUGGAGAAAAACCUUAUGCAUGUAUUGAAUGUGGGAAAUGGUUUUGCUAUAAGCAACACCUCAUUGUACAUCACAGAAUCCACACUGGGGAGAAACCUUAUGAAUGUAGUGAGUGUGGAAAAGGCUUUUCUGAUAAGCCACAGCUUUUUAGACAUCAGAGAAUGCACACUGGGGAAAAACCUUAUGAAUGUAGUGAGUGUGGAAAAGCUUUUAUUCUUAAGUCACACCUCAUUACUCAUCAGAGAAUCCACACUGGGGAAAAACGUUAUGAAUGUAGUGAGUGUGGAAAAGCUUUUAUUCAUAAGUCACACCUCAUUGCUCAUCAGAGAAUCCACACUGGGGAAAAACCUUAUGAAUGUAGAGAGUGUGAAAAAAGCUUUCCUUGUAAGCCAAAGCUCUUUAUACAUCAGAGGGUCCACACUGGGGAAAAACCUUAUGAAUGU